CAUUACAAAUUAAUCUAUCUUUUCUUGUACACAUCAUGGAAGCUACUCCAGAAUUCAACUACCAAAUUGAUGUCAAUCCUGAACGCAAAAAGAUUGGCACAAUCCAAGUCUAUUCAAGUUUCGUCAGACCAGCCAACAUGCAGCCGAUACUAACCCGGUCGAACUUCUCAUGUUCAUUACCUGCCAAUGAAUUCACUGACGAUGAAGAUUCUCCCCACAAACAAAGACUCUAUUACUUCUUAAAAGAUUCAGGAGUUGAUGCAGAAGAUGCUUACACGUUAAUAAUAAAACUCACUCAACUUGCAUGUAAAGUAACUUCUAAUUCGUUUGAAUAUUGUUCACGUUAUGCUUUGUUAAUGUGGUUGACUCUUGAUGUGGCUCCUUCGAACGAAUAUGAGAGGAAUAGCGUGUUUAGACCCGCGAGCAAGUUAAGAGUCGAGGCCUUGAGCAGGAGAAUAUACAAGAGAAAACGAAAGACCAGCUCUAUUGCUAACCAGUGCACAAGAUACAAGAGAAAACAAGAGAGCAGCUCUAGUGGUGACAAGUGCAUAAUUUGUUUUCAGAAGUUCAAAACCAGACAAGAAGUUGCUACUUUACUUUGUGGUCAUGAAUUUGACAAUAAGUGUAUUAUGGAAUGGUUUAAGGUUCGCCACAAUUGUCCAUUGUGUCGCUUCGAGUUACCACAGGAUCCAUUCUCGGAGGCGCUCUUGUGUUUUGGAGCAAGCUCUGUAGCUGUAGAUGAAGACAUCGACGAAGAUGCGGCUUCUGGGUCUUCUCUUGCUUCCAAAGAGAUAUGUAUAGAAUCAGUAUUUCCAGUGCAUGAAGAGGUGAAAUUGUGCAUUUCACAGGCUGCAAAUUCCAUAGGCUUGAAAGAGAUACCCAAAUUCAAAGUUGAAAUGGGAGAUGAACAAGACUGGAUUACCAAAAACCAGGAGUUGUUUCAGCCUGUUGAAAUCGCCGAGAGACUUUGGAUCGUACCUGAGUGGACAUCUCCUCCUGUCACUGAAGCGGUAAACAUAAUUCUGAACCCUGGAUUUGCGUUUGGGACUGGAGAACAUCCUACUACUAAGCUGUGUCUAUUGCUUCUACAAAGUUUGAUAAAAGGCGGGGAAGCAUUCCUCGACUAUGGUACUGGUUCAGGAAUACUUGCAAUCGCAGCCCUCAAGUUUGGUGCUGCAUCAUCUGUUGGCAUUGAUAUUGAUCCCCUGGCAAUAAAAUCUGCUAGUCAUAAUGCAGCUCUGAACAACAUUCCUUUGGAGAAACUAAAGCUGCACCUUGCACCAAGUGAGGAUAGCUCUUCUGGAAGAGAAAUACCACUGCAAAAACAACAGUUUGAUGUGGUCAUUGCAAACAUACUCUUAAACCCGGUUAUGGAACUGGCGGAUCAUAUCCUUUCAUUCGCAAAACCUGGGGCAACCAUUGGCAUUUCUGGUAUCUUAUCUGAACAGCUGCCAAAUGUAAUAGAACGGUACUCUCCCUUCUUGGAGGACAUUUCUGUAUCCACAAUAGGUGAUUGGGUAUGCAUGAGCGGUACCAAGAAAGAGGAGUUUAUUGAUAACUAAUCACUUCUUCAGUGUUAUAUCAGAAAACAGACAAUAACAUAAAAAGCACUAGUAAAGCAAAGGUAAGAACAAAAGUGUCUAAUCAUCAGACAUUAAGAACAGAUCAGCCUUAAUGGAGUUGUGUAAGAGGCUACAACUACACAUGACAUGAAACUUAAUGUACUCUUCAUUGUUGUAUUCAAAGAUUCAAGUCUAUGAUAAUAAAAUUUGUGUUGUCAC